CGAUAACUUUUCAAAAGACUAUAAAAUUUGUUAUUUUUUUCAUUUGUUUUGAUGUGAAUAAUGACAGAUUCUCAACGAUCGCAGCAAUUACUUUUUGCAAAUUCAAUAGUUUCAUCGAUUAUCAAUGUGUCGGUAGAUUAUUCCGAAUCAAUUGAUAAGAAAUUUCAAACAAUUUUCACUCUAGUCAAUUAUAAUUAUUUGGUUAACGAUUCAAUCAAUGAUAUUAUUUUAUUAGAUGAAAAGCUAUGGAUCAUUUAUCAAGUUAAAAAUUGUUUGAUUGAUAGACCAAUCGGAUGGAUUGAAGGAGCAAUUAAAAUAGAACCAUUGAACGAUGAUGAUAAUAUUGAAAAGAAUCGUUCGAAUUCUUUGAUUAUAUUACGACUAAAUCCACAAAAUGGACAACAAAUGAGUGAUUUUAGACGAAUGAGAACAAAUGCUAACAAAGUUUUUCAGUUUAGUGUGGAUUCUUACCAUCAAAAUGAGAAUGGACAAAAAUUGAUCAUAAAUAGUAUGUUGAAUCCAAACAAAAAUUUUAUUUUGGAUACAGAUGGAAAAAUGUUUGUACAUUUGAAGACAUUUAAGAUUAUUGAAAAUGAUGAUAAUGCUCUAACCAUAAAUAAACCGGUAACAAUCGAAAUUCAAACAGGAUGUAUCGAUUUAUUUUUUUCUCCUGAUGAUUCAUUUUAUAUUUGUCGGCCAUUAUCUGAUCAAGAAUUACGAUUCAAGAUAAUUUCCACUAAUUAUCAGAUAGAUUAUGUAAAUAAUAACAAAGAAGAGCCUUAUGAUCGUAACGAAAGUCAUGUGUUGUCUAUAGAAAAGAAGAUAAGUUCGAAGCCUUGCAUUUCUUUACCCGAAAGGAUAAAACGAAAAAACCUCAUUCAAUUGGCCGAAAUUAAACGAACGUUGUUAUCAUCAUCAUCACCAUCAUCAUCAUCAUUUAUGGCAAAUUUACAAUCUAAAACAACAAACAAUGAAUUUAACGAUAAUAAAGAAAAUGAAGUUAUAAAAAGUGAAUCCAAGUCAUUCGAAACGGUGAAAGAUUUUUCAGUUUCGAAUAAUGAAACUGAAAAAUCUUUAAACUGUGAUGUUCAACAACAACCAUCUGAUCAAAAAAUGGAGACAAUGAUCCAAACAAAAAAAUCACCUGAAAUUCGUCCCGAAGAUAAAGAAGAACAGCAACCAAAAACUGAAAUUUUGGAUUCUACUAAACCUCAGUCACAAAUAACAAAAGUUUUUUCUAAUUUUGAAAAGACAAAAGUAAAAUCUCUUGAUGAAAUUGGAAAAAUUAUGAAAUUAGAUUCAGUUUUGAUUGUUAACAAAAUCAAUCUCAACAAAUUGGCCGCUUCUCCUGUUGUAAUUUCACCAGAACCAUCCACUAUUACAGAUCAAAGUUUACGAUCUUUAUCAAAGUCCGCUACCGAACCAAGAAAAACAUUAACAUCAAUAAAAGAUAGAAAAAUAUUGCGAAAAGCAGCUUUGCAUGACAUUCAAAAAACUGUACGAUAUCUGGAAUAUGUGAAUGCUUUUGUAGCAAAUAAUGAAGAUAAUUUCAAAGAUGAAGCAAUCAAAUGUAAAUUCGAUAGUUAUCGAGAUCGAUUAGCUCGACAACUAAUGCAUACUAUUGAUCGCAUUGAUGAGUAUGUUCGACCAUUGAUUGUGGGUGAUGACGACAACAGCAUCGAGAGUGAAUCGACCACUUUCACUAAACAAAAUGAUCAGUAUUUUUUCUACAAUAUCAUCAAAAGAAUGAUGAAAUUAAUGGCAUCUAUGGAGCAUAAAAUGUUUCGAAUAAUUUCUAAAGAGAUCAUGGAUUGUUUGGCGGAAAUUAGCAACAAAUAUUUCAAUUGAAAUUCACAUUCAACUGAUGUAUAUUAUCAAAUAAUAAAUGUUACAUUUUUAUUUUUUUU